AUGGGGCGCUGGUCUGCCUAUCUGCCCGCCCGUCUGUCUGAGCACUGGACACCGUCCGACCAAACCUCUGUCUACCUGUUUGUACCAUUGUUUUUAUUGACCUCUUGUUUUGGAACCGCUGCGAGCUCCUUGGCCCAGCGGAGCCACCUCAGCGUUGCCCUGGCCCGCCUUUUGGUCGUCCUGGGUACCGGAUCAAGUCCCGUAAUCUCGACCCGGUCCAUCACGAACGUCGUCGCCAGCCAGCCUGGAGCCGCUCUUGCGCAGCGCCGCGGUGCAGCGAACCGCUGGAAACCUGCUGGGGGGGCUGCCCGAUGCUGCUGGGCGACACUGCGCUCCGGGUACCUCAUGGUGCUGGGCCGGGCCCUUGUCGAUGCCCUGUCGAUGCCCUGUCGUGGCCCUGCUCUAGGCGCUGCACCGCCGUUCAGUUCUGCAGCGCAGCGCUAUAAGCACCACUUGCUAGCUGCUGAGCGGCAGGCCAUUGCAGCUAGCACCUCGCCGCGCAUGUGCCUGUAG